AUGCUAAUAGCCAUCGUUGCUGGGGCCUUUCUGCUAUUGUUGCUGCUAUCAGUGUUGCUUUGCUGCUGUUGUCGCUGCUGCUGCUUCGAGGAGACAGCUGUUGGAGCUAAGACGCGAGGCGAGGAAAGAGUUUUCGACAAAAGGAGGAUGGACAGCGUCUUUAUGGAAAGGGAUGCAAGAAAAGAUGAUAUCAGUAGGAAACAACGAACAAAGAGCGUAGUAUCCAUGGAAUCUCUGGACGGGUACAAAGUUAAUGAAGUAAAACCCAGGUCAAUGCGACUGGUCAGUGUAGACAGUCAUCAUUCCUUGGACGCAGCUCCAAUACUGAUACCGUCAUCUUCGGGAAAGCACUCUACACGUCUCAACACGCCGAUGGCUAAGACCGCUGGCACGCAAUAUGAACGGAUCAAUACAACACCGAAGAUCAGGGCUGCUGGGACCCAGUAUGAAGAUGUCACAGAGCGUGUCAUAUACCCCUCACCCAAGUCCAAGACUUUCGGUACACAGUAUGAAUGCAUCGAGGAAGAAAUGCCAACUAAAGAAAUUGGAACCAUAACUGACAGACGAGGCUCUUUAACAUCUAAUGUGUCGCCGUUUCCUUCAUACACAUCAUCCGAAAGAACGCAACGAACUCUUAGAGCUGUCGCACCGAUGCAAGUCAAUCCGGAAGUUACGGCUCCCAUAGUAAUGACGAAAAUGGACGCGUCUACUUCCGCUAUGAGUAGUCCAGAACGGAGGUUUAAAUCGGCAAAUGUCCAAACGGAUUUAAGUGUAUUAAAACCACCCUCUCCACUUCCACAAAGUCGCCCUACUAAAUCAACAUCUACUGGAUCGUCAUCUUCACUUGUUGGAAGUAAAAUGACAGUGUUACCCCAAGAAUCUUUAAACGGAACAACUAAAUCGGUAGAUGCUAGUAGUUUAAGCAUUCCAUCGACAGCGAUAAGUGACCACAGAGUGCCUUUUAGUGACAUCGCUAGUUGUCCAACGGUUGUCCCACUACGACCACAAGACAUACCAAAAACUCGUGACCGGGAUCAUUCCUUUCUGCGCUAUCCAUCCAAGGCUGCUAGCCAUCCUAUUACACUCUGGGACAUACCACUGAAAAGUUACCCGGACAGUAUAACGUAUCCCGGAAAUGAUAGUUCGGGCGACGUCUCUCCUUCUGUAAAUCGUAUCGAAUACAACACCAUAUACGACAACCGUGUAAGUAAUACAGACAAUACAUACAUUCACAAUUUUCUCGAAGAUGCUAAGAAAAUGGCGCGAAAACCUAAAGUCUCGCGACCGCCGAGACUUGCUGCGAUACCAGCGCAUGUUGAAUCACCAGUUGGCAUGUAUGAUCCUUUCCCAGAGACGGGAGAUGCACAUGGCAUUAUAAAACCCGGACUUGAGAAACAAACGACAUUCAAUAACAUACCAGCAGUGAAAGGUCCAGAGGUGCGAGCGAUUCUGUAUGAGCCACAUCGUUUGAAGGAGUCCACGGAUUGUUAA